GUUAUCUUCUGCUUCCAGAACCUAUCCCAGCUGCCCUAUGGCAAGGCCCUGUACAGCUACGAGGGAAAAGAACCUGGUGACCUGAAGUUCAACAAGGGGGACAUCAUCAUCCUGCGGCGCAAGGUGGAUGAGAACUGGUACCACGGGGAGCUGCAUGGCACACACGGCUUCCUGCCAGCCAGCUACAUCCAGUGUGUCCGGCCCUUGCCGCAGGCCCCGCCCCAGGGCAAGGCACUGUAUGAUUUCGAGAUGAAGGACAGAGACCAAGACAAGGACUGUCUGACCUUCACCAAGGAUGAAGUCUUGACCGUGAUCCGGAGAGUGGAUGAUAACUGGGCUGAAGGCAUGCUGGGAGACAAGAUCGGGAUCUUCCCCCUGCUGUACGUGGAGCUCAACGACUCAGCCAAGCAGCUCAUUGAGAUGGACAAGCCGUGCCCCACUGCUGCUGCUGCCACCGCAUCCGGCUGUGACUCUCCCUUGCUCUCUGAUCCUGGCGCAGGGGCCAGCAUGGCCCCGGGCCCCACUCUAAGCAGCUCAGGGGCGGUCAGUGCCUUUCAGCGGCGUGUGGACGGCAAGAAGAAUGCCAAGAAACGCCACUCCUUCACUGCACUCAGUGUGACGCACAAAUCCUCGCAGGCUGCUAGCCACAGGCAUUCCAUGGAAAUCAGCGCUCCGGUUCUCAUCAGCUCCAGCGACCCCCGCGCUGCAGCCAGGAUCGGGGAGCUAGCUCAUCUGUCAUGCGCUGCACCCACCCAGGACUCUUCCUCAGCUGGACCCAUCCCAACGGCUGUCCCACGAACUGCUGCCGUGGCUGGAGAGCAGGGCACAUCUCCCAAAGUCCAGCUGCCACUCAACGUGUAUCUGGCACUCUACGCCUACAAGCCCCAGAAGAACGACGAGCUGGAGCUGCGCAAGGGGGAGAUGUACCGCGUGCUGGAGAAGUGCCAGGACGGCUGGUUCAAGGGCGCGUCCCUGAGGACCGGCGUCUCCGGGGUGUUUCCUGGGAACUACGUGACACCCGUCUCCAGGGUUCCUGGAGGAGGGGCUGGGCCACCCCGAAAUAAUGUGCUUGGAGGAUCUCCACUGGCCAAAGGGAUGGCCACCACCAUGCAUCCUGGUGGUGGCAGUCUGAGCAGCCCCGCCACUGCCGCCAGGCCAGCCCUGCCCCUCACCACACCGCCGCACCUGGCAGGCUCCCCUCCGACGGGCAGCUGUCUGCGGCACGCAGCUCAGCCGGCCGCCAGCCAGGCCCGGGCCACCAUCCCCACAGCUGCCCACCCCUCAGCCCAGGCCCAGGACCGACCUACGGCCACCGUGUCACCCCUGCGCACUCAGAGCUCUCCAUCCCGCCUGCCCGCCACCAGCCUCAGGCCCCGCACGGUGGUGUCCCCACAGCACAGCCAGCAGCCCCCGAUGCAGAUGUGCCCUCGGCCAGCCAUCCCCCUCUCAUCAGCAGCAUCAGCCAUCACACCUCCCAACGUUAGCGCCGCCCACCUCAACGGGGAGGCAGGGGGAGGGCCCAUCUGUGGCCUGUCCACGUCCAGCCCUACCAACACAGGAUGCAAGCCAGAUGACAAGAAAAAUGAGAAGAAAGAGAAGAAGAGUGGGCUGCUGAAACUUCUAGCGGGGGCAUCCACCAAGAAGAAACCGCGCUCCCCGCCAUCCGUCUCUCCAACCCACGACCCUCAGAUGGCUUUGGACACCUCACUCCAGGGCGCCACGGGCCCCGAAGUCUCCUCGCUGUCCAUCCAUGGCAGGGCAGGCUCCUGCCCCAUAGAGAGCGAGAUGCAGGGAGCCAUGGGGCUGGAGCCACUGCACAGGAAAGCCGGCUCCUUGGAUCUGAACUUCUCCUUGUCCCCUUCCCGGCAAGCGUCUCUUUCCAUGGCUGCCAUCCGUCCCGAGCCCAAGCCAUUGCCUAGAGAGAGGUACCGCGUGGUGGUCUCCUACCCGCCGCAGAGCGAGGCGGAGAUAGAGCUGAAGGAAGGUGACAUUGUCUUCGUCCACAAGAAGCGCGAGGACGGCUGGUACAAGGGGACCCUGCAGCGCAACGGCCGCACCGGCCUCUUCCCGGGCAGCUUCGUGGAGAGCUUCUGAGGACCGCGGCUCCAGCUCCGCUGACCCUCCGCUGACCAGGGGGCGGCGCCCCGGGAAGCUCCGCCCAGGAGCAGAGGGAGCCGCAGCCGCCCAGGGUCCCAGGUCCUCUCCCAGGCACCGGGCAGGGACACCUGGAUCGGGGUGGGGUCUGGAGGUGUGGAGGCCAGGCCUUCACCCAGAAGCCCAACGCAGUGCGCCCUCCGGGAUGCUCAAGGGAGAGCUGCGCCCUGGGAGUAGACUGUAAGGGAAGAGACCACGUGGGCAGGUCCACGCCUCGCCCUCCAAGGGGGCCACAGCGCUACUGGCCACCUAUGCAAGUUUGGAGCUGCCAGAGGCCACGGGGCUGGGCAGGUGGGCUGGGGCCAGAAGCGCUGGGGAGUGUCUCUCCGGGCUGCCCUGGGCAUCGCCCCUCUCUAUACCUCAGUCACCUGCCGUGGAGCCCCUCAUGGGCACCAGGGAUGGGGGGGGGCUCCCCUGAGACCCUGGGAACCCCUGCAGCCUGCCGCACAGCUCCUGAUGGGCACUGGAACAGAAUCCCUGUGGCUUUGUCUCCUGCCAGGAUUGUCAGCGACACCUUUUGUUUCCCAGCCGCUGUCCCUCUGCGUUGCUUCUUUGUUACAUCUUUUUAACGCACAGCCGUUAGACUUUCUAUAUUUCUAAUAGGUCAGACAUUGCCUAUUUUUCAUACAUCUGGUGCUGCCUUUUUGUAAAACUAGUAAUGACUUGGGUGAGCUUGAAAGGAAAAAGUGUCUGAGGCGACAUCAAAGGGCAGGGCUUUUAUAUUUACCAUAUGAAUAUUGGAGCCCACUGAGAAUCCCCUGUCCUCAACAUCAGAGCGCUGGCCAGUGCUCCCUGGGAUGAGAGCCGGCCGCCGAGGUGGUUGGAGGGAGUUGGAAACAGCCAAUUUCUUUAAAUCCUUACCAAAACCCCAGGCUCUGUCUAGACAGCGAUGAUUAUGAUUCAAGGACUGGAAAUGUGUCUAGGAGGGUUACUCUAAUUGCCCUUUCGUGUGGCGGCAAAAGAACAUGCGGGUUGACCCCUGCCUAGGGAGGCAGAGGCUUUUUAAAAAUUUCCUUAUGAGAGAAUGACUGCAAUUAGCAUUCUCAAAACAUGAUCUUUUUUUGUUAUCAAAAUUUGCAGCUCAGAUCACCACCUUGCAAAGGUUCAAAGGCUCUCUCUCUCUCUCUCUCUCUCUCUCUCUCUCUCUCUCUCUCUCUCUCUCUCAUUUUUGAAAAAUAAACAACUCUUCCCAUAUCGGGCCUUGCAGAGCUUCCGCUGCUAGAGAGCAGAGCUAAAGUGAGAACAGGGCUGUGGUGCGUGCUGCAUACUUGCAGGGCCCAGGAAUACCGGGAAGAGAGAGAAGGAGCAAGAGUGGCUUUUCCCUGGGACCUCCCCCAAGUGACAUCAACGGAUAUGUCUUCCUUAGUGUAACAGCCCCUGCCCAAGAAAAGUGACCUGAGGAGCCCUGUCACAGACAGUUUUGUCCUUGAGACUUACCUCAGGAAUAUAUUUUUAUCAUCUCAAAGUCGUAAUGCGGAACCCUGCUCUCUCCAAACACCACUCAGCCUGACGUCAGGCUGAAUAAUUAGCCUGUGGUAGUGGACGUUGUCAGUGGUUUUCAGGGAUGCAGCACAUUCCAGAAAUGCAUUCGCUUGCCUGGCAUAAAGACUUUGAAAUGAAGACCACUUAUUUUCAGAGUUCCUAUUUGGGGACAUGACUUGGCUGUGUAUAACUGCCAGGUGGCUUCCGCACUGGGGGAACCACAUCUAGAAAAUGGCUCUUUCUCUCCCUCCGGAUGAUAAUAGAAUUAAUGGACGUGAGAAAUUUGUUCUGACUCAAAGACAAAAUCUAGUUUACACACUGGGUUAGUGACAACCAGAAGGGAUCUAGUCAUCAUCAUUGCCAAAUUAGUUGCCCACCGUGCACAAAAAAAAAAUCUUGUGCAUGUUUAAAUUCAUGCUGUCACCAAAGAGAUUAACACCCUGGGUGAGAAACAUUCUCCAGCAGAACCAGAACUAACUUGAGUCUCCAGGUAAAAAAUAGUCUUUUUUUUUUCCUUUUUUGUUAAAGAGGGCAGCUACCAAGCAACAGUUACUAACUGGGGCUUACUUUCCUCUCCCAGUCUCUGCCCACACGGUGCUCAUGGUGGGAAUGUGCUCCCCUACUUAGCGAUUGUGAGUGGGGAUUCAGCCCACCCCGCCGAGCACCCCCACCUCAUGUAGAGAGCUGGGGCAGGUAUUUAGGUGUCUUUGGAGGACAUUGGCCCCUUUCAUGGCAGGGUCAGGGAUGAGGAUUGGACCCACCUUGGGAAGGAGAACGAUGCUGUGGGCCCACCAACCCCAGGGUUUGCUGUCAGGUGGGCGGAGCUCCUGGAGGGGGCACUGGGCUGCCAGAGAGUGGGAGAGAUACACAACCGGCCCCAUGUGUUGUCUGAGUGUCUUCAACAUAUCCAGGUCCUUCGGCCUUCUUAACCAUGCAGGAGCAGAAGUAGCCCUUCCCUGCAGGCCUUCUUGCCCCCCAGGACAGAUGUUUCCGUGAUGAAGAUGAAACCAGCACUUUGUCCUGAACCCCCGUACCCCAUCCUGGCCCCACGAUGUCCACUCCUAAUUGUGCAGUGGCAUUUGGCAGCCUAGGUGACUCUGGUUGAGGAGCACAUUAGGGUCCACAGCUUUGACUGAGCAAGGUCAGCAGACUCCUAGGAGAUAGGACAGCCUGGCCCCCCAGAGUGUCAAGGGCAUGAGGGAGAGAGACAGGAUGGUAGGCAGCGGGGCCUGAAUGCCAGGCUGAACACCCUGAGACCAGCUCAGCCAACCAACUGGGAAACCCUUUGUACUUUGCACAGUUCACACGCGCACACACACACACACACACACACACACACGCAUAGUGUUUCUGUUAUACACAAUGUCAGCGUGUGAUUUUGGAAGAAUUGACAGUAGUGACAAACUAUGAUGCCUGUGUUUCUGAGUCUUUAAAUAAAAAUGAACAUGGA